CCUCCUAUAAAUAGAGCCAAUAUGCAGCCUAUGGAGAUAUAGCAAGCAAGUGAUCAUACCAGUAAACACAGAAGCCUCUCUCUUAAUCUUAAUCUCAGAUCAACCAUGUCUUCCACCUGCGGAAACUGCGACUGCGCUGACCAGAGCCAGUGCACAAAGAAAGGGAACAGCUACGAUCUCAUCGUAGAGACUGAGCAGAGCCGCUUUGACGACAUCGUCAUGGAGGUUCCGGCAGCUGAGAACGAUGGCAAGUGCAAGUGUGGCCCUAGCUGCCCUUGCACCAACUGCACCUGUGGGCAUUAAGCACAAUACAUGGAAACAAGAUGCGCAUACUAUUACAUAUAAGUAAUAAUGUUGAAUAAUUUGUGAGUGUGUGUCUGUCAACUUUGUGUUUCCUCCACAUCUAUGUAAUGGCCAUGACUUGAGGCCUUGUCUGGUUAAAUGAAAUGCUACUAAUUUAGUAUAAACUA